CUGAAGCCCCAGUCGGUGAAGUUUCCUUGUGUUCUACUCUUGGGAACUAGUGUGAGUGAUGAGAUUUAGGACAGAUUCUAGAGGACUGGAGAAUUUCUCAACCAGUACUUUUUUGUGCAGGUGCCAUGGUGAUAAGGUUAUGGAAGAUUACUAGCUGUCCCAAGUAACUUAAUAGGCUACUUGAUUGUGAUGUUGUGAUAACAAGUUGAUUUUAUGUAAGGGUGUUGAUAAAAGGAUUACAACUGCCUUCUUAGGAGAUCGAGCUGUUAGAACCCUGACUAAAUGCAUCUCUCUUUCUUUUUAAAAGAGCAGCAGAUACCACUGUGUGGUUUAAAUCAGGAAUGAGAUCUUUGGAGAGCUCAGAGCCCACUACAUUUUGGUCAACAUGGAAGACAAAAGACGCCGAGCCCGAGUCCAGGGAGCCUGGGCUGCUCCUGCAAGAAGCCAUGGUGUUGCCCAGCCAGCUACCACUCCCACGAGCCAUCUCCGCCAAACACCUGCUCAGACCUGGAAGAGCAGGGAGCAUCAUCUCUCUGACAGAGAGUUCGUGUUCGAAGAACCCCAGCUGGUGGCACGACAUGCUCCGGAGCCGCGAGUGAUCGAGGAGGGUGUUUAUGAGAUCAGCCUGUCACCCACUGGUGUAUCUACGGUGCGUUUGUAUCCUGGCUUUGUUGAUGGGAAAGAAGCUGACUGCAUGCUGGAACAGCUCUGUCGAGAGGUGCCCUGGAAGCAGAGGACUGGCUUCAGAGAUAAUAUAACUUAUCCACAACCAAGACUUACAGCAUGGUAUGGAGAACUUCCUUACACUUAUUCAAGAAUCACUAUGGAACCAAACCCUCACUGGCAUCCCGUGCUGAGCACCCUGAAGAAGCGCAUCGAAGUGAACACGGGGUACACCUUUAACUCCCUGCUCUGCAAUCUGUACCGGAACGAGAAGGACAGCGUGGACUGGCACAGCGAUGAUGAGCCCUCGCUGGGACAGUGUCCUGUCAUCGCCUCCCUCAGCUUUGGUGCCACACGUACUUUUGAGAUGAGGAAGAAGCCCUCCCCAGAAGAGAAUGGAGACUACACCUACGUAGAGAGAGUGAAGAUACCUCUGGACCACGGAACCUUGUUAAUCAUGGAGGGAGCUACCCAAGCUGACUGGCAGCAUCGAGUGCCCAAGGAGUACCACUCGAGGGAGCCGAGAGUGAAUCUGACCUUUCGGACAGUUUAUCCGGAUCCAAGAGGGGCCACCCGCUGAUGGGACGUCUGUCACAGCAAUGCCACAAGGAACCAGGGCCCACCAGGGCUUUGAC